UCUUAAACUUCUUUUGGAAUCAGGAGGAGCUUGCCUUUGUAUUCGAGAUGCUGCAGCAGUUUGAAGACGCCUUGGUGCAAUAUGAUGAGCUGGAUGCCCUGUUUUCUCAGUAUGUCGUCAACUUCGGUGCUGGCGAUGGUGCCAAUUGGCUGACUUUUUUCUGCCAGCCGGUGAAGAGCUGGAAUGGAUUGAUCCUCCGAAAGCCAAUAGACAUGGAGAAGCGGGAACUCAUACAGAGGCAAGAAGCCACCCUGUUAGACCUGCGCAGCUACCUGUUUUCGCGCCAGUGCACCUUGCUCCUCUUCCUUCAGAGGCCCUGGGAGGUGGCUCAGCGCGCCCUAGAGCUGCUACACAACUGUGUGCAGGAACUAAAGCUCUUGGAAGUCUCUGUCCCACCGGGUGCCCUGGACUGCUGGGUGUUCCUGAGCUGUUUGGAGGUAUUGCAGAGGAUAGAAGGCUGCUGUGACCGGGCACAGAUAGACUCCAACAUUGCACACACAGUGGGGUUGUGGAGCUACGCCACAGAAAAGCUAAAGUCCUUGGGCUAUCUGUGUGGACUUGUGUCAGAAAAAGGCCCUAACUCAGAAGAUCUCAAUAGGACAGUUGAUCUUUUGGCAGGUUUGGGAGCUGAGCGACCUGAGACAGCCAACACAGCUCAGAGUCCUUAUAAGAAGCUUAAAGAAGCAUUAUCGUCAGUGGAGGCUUUUGAGAAGCACUACUUAGAUUUAUCCCAUGCUACCAUUGAAAUGUACACAAGUAUUGGGAGGAUUCGAUCUGCUAAGUUUGUUGGAAAAGAUCUGGCAGAAUUUUACAUGAGGAAGAAGUCACCACAGAAGGCAGAAUCCUACCUUCAAGGUGCAUUGAAAACUUACCUGGCCGAAGGCUGGGCACUGCCCAUCACUCACACAAGGAAGCAGCUGGCGGAGUGUCAGAAACACCUUGGGCAAGUUGAGAACUACCUUCAGACCAGUAGCCUCUUAGCUAGCGACUGUCACUUACCUGAAGAGGAGCGGAAGUACUUCUGCCAGGAGAUACUCAGCUUCGCCAGCCAGCAAUUGGAAAACUCAGGUCACAAGAUAGUGCUGCCCAUGCAUUCCUUUGCACAACUGAGAGAUCUCCAUUUCAACCCUUCCAAUGCUGUGGUCCAUGUGGGUGGUGUUUUGUCCAUCGAGAUAACUAUGUGCAGUCAGAUGCCUAUUCCUGUUCAUGUGGAGCAGGUUACUGUCAAUGUCCACUUCAGCAUCGAGAAGAACAGCUACCGGAAGACUGCAGAGUGGCUCACCAAGCACAAGACAUCCAAUGGAAUCAUUAACUUUCCAACUGAGACCUCACCUUUCCCAGGGUCCCAGAACAACUUACCUGCUCUGGAGUUGUAUGAGAUGUUUGAGAGAAGCCCUUCGGAUAAUUCCUUGAACACGACUGGAAUCAUCUGCAGGAAUGUGCACAUGCUUCUGAGAAGGCAGGAGAGCAACUCUUCUCUAGAAACGUCCUCGGGGGUGGCACUGGAGGACGGGGCACAUGUACUAAGGUGUAGCAGUGUGACUCUGGAACCAGGGGCCAACAAAAUAACAUUCAGGACUCAGGCCAAGGAGCCUGGAACGUACACUCUCAGGCAGCUGUGUGCCUCAGUGGGCCACGUGUGGUUUGUCCUUCCUCACAUCUACCCCAUUGUGCAGUAUGACGUGUACUCGCAGGAGCCCCAGCUGCAUGUGGAACCACUGGCUGAUAGCCUUUUGGCUGGUAUUCCUCAGAAGGUCAAGUUCACUGUCACUACUGGCCAUUACACGAUAAAAAGUGGGGACAGCCUCCAGCUCAGCAACGCAGAAGCCAUGCUCAUCCUGUGUCAGGCAGAGAACAGAGCCAAGGUCUAUUCUAACACGGGAGAAAAGUGUUCUGAUGCAUUGCUCCGGAUUCAGUCAUCUGACAAGGUCACAAGCAUCAGCCUGCCCAUUGCACCUGCGUACCAUGUGAUUGAAUUCGAACUGGAGGUUCUCUCUUUACCUUCAGCACCAGCAACUGGAGGAGACACUGAUAAGCUGGGGACGCCAGAGCCUCAUAGGAAGCAUAAGGAUAAACAGAAGGCCAGCCACUGCAUGGUCACCACAGAUCACAAAGUGUCAAUUGACUGCCCAUGGUCGAUCUACUCCACGGUCAUUGCGCUGACCUUCAGUGUGCCCUUCCGGACCUCGCACUCUCUGUUGUCUGCUGGAACUCGGAAAUAUAUCCAAGUUUGUGUCCAGAAUUUGUCAGAACUUGACUUUCAGCUCUCAGAUAGCAAUCUUGUAGAUACUGGUGAUAGUGCUGACCUGCAGCUAAUACCAUUGAACACACAAUGCCAACAGUGCAUCUACCGCAAGCAGUCGGUGUUCUUUGUCUGGGAGCUGAAGUGGACACAGGAGCCGCCCCCUUCUCUGCAUUGCCAGUUCUCCGUUGGAUUCGCCCCUGCUUCUGAAGAGCAGCUGUCUGUCUCCUUGAAGCCGUACACCUAUGAGUUUCAAGUGGAAAGUUUUUUUACAUUAUAUAAUGUGAAAGCUGAGAUCCUGCCCCCCUCAGGAAUGGACUACUGUAGGACAGGCUCGCUUUGCUCCUUGGAGGUGUCGAUCACGCGGCUCUCCGACCUCUUGGAGGUGGAUAAGGAUGAAGCACUGACGGAAUCUGACGAGUAUUUUUCGACAAAGCUUAUGUAUGAAGUUGUGGACAACAGCAGCAACUGGGCUGUGUGUGGGAAGAGUUGUGGUGUAAUCUCCAUGCCAGUGGCUGCCCGGGCCACCCACAGGGUCCACAUGGAAGUGAUGCCCCUCUUUGCUGGCUACCUCCCCUUGCCCGAUGUCAGGCUGUUCAAGUACCUCCCCCACCAUUCUGCACACUCCUCACAGUUGGAUGCUGAUAGCUGGAUAGAGAACGACAGCCUGUCAGUGGACAAGCAUGUGGAUGACCAGCUGGACAGCAGCAGUGUCAAGAGCAGAGGCAGCACGCACUCGGCCACCAGCAGUGAGCACAAGGGCCUGCCUAUGCCCCGACUACAGGCACUUCCAGCUGGCCAGGUCUUUAACUCCAGUACUGGCCUGCAAGUCCUGGUCGUCCCCAGCCAAGACGACCAUGUCCUGGAAGUCAGUGUCACAUGACAACGCCUUUAGUCAGCAGACUUCACAGAUGGGCUGUGAGUGCACUUUAAGGAAACCUAACUGGAUUGUUUUCUUGUGUAACAUUCUAGCUCUCAUGAGACUUUGGGUUGACCUAGCUUGGCCAGGAGGUAUCAGAGAACCACCUUUUGUUGCUGGCCAGCUGAGUCCUAUCAUUCUUUCUGUGUAGUCUGUGCUAGGAAAUCACUUCUUGUUUUCUCAUCCCCAGUCUUGCUCACUUCUCAUAGAAGAGUUGUACCCGCGGUCUCUCCACUGAGCAGCCUCCUGUCUGCUGGCUCUUGUUGGAAGCCCUUUGUCUCUCAGGUAGACACUGAGCAGGCCUUGCAGUCCUCUUGGUGACACACGUGUGCCUUUCUGGUCACACGGCUGCCCAACUUCUGGACCGGGGUGGAUUUGUGAAUCUCCUAAGGAGUAAAACACACAGUCUUUUACCCCAGAUCAUCUAGUUGUUCUUUUUUAGAAUAACACCCUUUGGGGCAGGUGGGUGGGGGGUGGGGAAGGAACAUAGCUCCCUCUGUGCCUUGGGAUGCCAGAGCCUGGUGGCCUGGAGGUUCAUCAGCUGGAGCCAGGGUACGAGUUAGAGAGGCUCCGCCAGGGCACGAGGAACAACUCAGCAUCGAAGUCGCUGAGGAAUAGAUGUUUCUGGAACCCUGUUUUCCCGUAAUGUUGAUUUGAGUAUCAUAUGCACUUGGAAUUAAAUAUAUAUUUAUUUUAAUUAUCAUUAUAUAUGUGGGGGGGGUUUAAAAUGUUUACUUUUCUCUCACCUUUAAGCUGAAAGUCUUUACAUGCAGUUGUAGCUAUAUAAUCAAUAUUUUCCUUUUGCACCUUAAGUCUUAGAAAUUAAGAUAUUCCAUUUAAAGUGAAGAUUAGGGGGGUCCUCAGUGUACUUCUGGUCUGGUUGCAGGGAAAGACUCAAGUUCUGGAAUUGUCUGCACUUCACUCAGUUGCAGCCAGACCAUACCAAUGGAUUCAUUUCUUUUCGGUUGUAAAUUUAACUGUACAUAUGGUUGAUUUAUUAUUUUUUAAAGUACAGACUAACUGAUGUAAUGUUUAUGUAUAAGUUGCACCAAAAAUCAAGGACAAAGCAAAUGGGUGUUUGUUUUAACUGGUGUGAAAGUCACAGCUUGUAAAUACGUGUUACAUGUAUUAAACCUUUUCCAGCUCUCCAAAGCAAUGUAUUUUUGUAUAUAUGAAAUAGAGUACUCUUAAUUUACUCGGAAAGUGUACUUGGAAUCAAACUUGACAAGAUUAAUACAAGCGGCUGUAAUCAGGUCCAGCAGACCGGGGGGCUUCACGUGAGUCACCUUGUAUGUGGGAGAAAUGGGAGUCCUCUGCAGCAGCAGUGGUCCUGCUGGGCACUGUGCUCCUGUGAGGCGGGUGGGGCAGGAAGGAGGCACAGAUCAAAGUAAGGACAACAGAGCCUCAUUUUCAGUAUUUUGUAUGUUGUCUUUUAACUCACUCAAUAAAUAAAAAGAGCUAUGAUUUUCCCCUGUCUUUUUCAUUUGUAGAAAUUGGACAAAUAUGUUAAGAUUAAAAUUUGUGUGUUUAAAGUUUUCAAAAAUUUAUCUUGUGUGCAAUUUAAAAUUAUUAAACUUGGUCACACUAGUUAGGUGAAUUAGAACUUCAGAAUCUAAUGAAAGUUUAAGAUUUUUUUAUUGUAAAACUUGAUUGCCCUACAGAUAUGCCAACUCCCAUGAGUGAAGAGACCUUUCAGAUUGUCAGAAAAGCCUCUAGUCCACGUUGUCAGCUUUGGAGCCGAGAGAACACACCCUUCCUUCCUCAGUGUACUUUCCCCCUCUGUCUUCUAGAAGAGGGAAUGUGAUUAAAUAAAUGUUUGAUUUAUGAGUUCUUGAUUUUCUCAUAUCUGGGUUCUACUCCCAGGAUGAUAAUAUCUACUUACAUAUAUGUUUAGAGGAAGAAAAUGAAGAGGAAGACCAAAAUGUUUAUGGUGAUUUCUUACUGUCUGGAAAUGGCAUAGAAUCAAAAUUAUCAUAGUUUUUGUUUUCGUUUUCCCCCCAAUUACCCAAAAGAUUUUUCAUAAAGUAAGACAGUGUACAUGAGUGCUAAAUACUACCCAAAAUGUCCUAAGUCACUUUGUUUUCUUAAUAUUAUUAUAAAAGGAACUAAAAGGCUGAAAUUGGGUUUUUAUUGUGUUUUUAAAUAAAGUAAGGUUUAAGUGUUUGAGACGGAUUGAUUUUAUUGAUAAAGGUGUAGCAACGGUUAAGUAAUUGUGAAGCCAGAAAUAGAAUGUAUAUGUAAAAAUCAAAGAAUGUGCAGCCAUUACACAAAUAUCUAUGGAACAUGUAAAUACUAGUAAAUGGAAAGAAAAUAAGUUAUAAUUUUUGUGAAUUUCAUGGGGUAUCCUGUGAUUGGAAAAAUUAUAACUUUUCUUAUUCUAAUGUGGAAAUUAUUGUAUUUAAUCUGAAAAUGACUUCUACCUACAGUUCCAUUGUCAGCGCAGCCUGGGGUGGGUCUAAUUCCCAUUUUAGUAAGUCUUAGUCAAUGAAGAUAGAUACCCUGUAAAGAGUUAGUAAGGAAAAUACACACAAGGCUACUCUUGUAUUUUUCUUUAGUAUUUAAGAUAAGAUUAAAUUUUAAAAUGAAAUGAAACAAUCCAGGUUUAUAUAUAAAGUGAAACCUUUUAUAAAAGAACAAACCUGGUUGAUUUAAAUGUUUUACUUUAAACUGUGAUCUUUAAAAUGAGUCCUAUGUCAUUUAAAAUGUUAAUUUCUCCUGAAAAUGCCUUUUCACUCAAUGUAUUCCUCCUAUGCGUCAGGCUGAGAGCCACAAGCAUCACUAGUACAAUGUGCUGGUGUUCUGUGACUGGAAAAGGUGACAAGUUGGUGACUGACACUGCAGGUAUUAAUUCUAUUUUCAUGGUUUAAUAUGAAAAGUCACUUUUCACGUUCUGUAACAUAUUGUUAGACUAAAACCAUUGUAUUAAGGCUGUUUAAAAUGUAAGCAUUAUAACUGGAAAUAUACAUUUUAAGAAGAAA